AUGGCAAAGUCGAAGAACCACACGAAUCACAACCAGAUUCGCAAGGCCCAUCGUAACGGUAUCAAGAAAGUGAGGAUUCCCAGGAAGAUUUCAACGAAGGGGAUGUGUCCCAAGUUCUUGCGCAACCAGAAGUUCUGCAAGAAGCACCUCUACACUCCUCAGGGUGAGGCGUCGAGCUGA